AUGCAAUCCGAACCACACGCAGGUCCCGCAAACUUAUUGCCACCUCUCAUCUCGAAAGGUGGCGUCGACGAUUUCAGGCGGUCAGGACGGACACUGGCGGCGGGUAUAUCGCCGCGAGAUGAUACCAUAGCUAUUUAUGCCACACCCAAUGCGGACCCUCAGACCCUGCAAGCGCAGAACGCGUCAUAUCCGGAGGAGCAGAAUAUUUACCUCGCGUCAGCUCAACAUGCGCCGUCCUCGGAGAGGCGGGUGUUCGUAACGGACACUUCCGUCAUCUUCGCCGCUCUCCAAAGAUUGUUAACCAACGUGCGCAAGAAAGACAUACAAGUAAUGGAUCAUGAGCCAACCCUGGAGGCGUUGAACAAGCUCGCAUACGACUACAUCAAUUUCUGCAAGGAGUGUUGCGCAUACGCCUCCCAAUCAAUCACGCGCACGGAGCCCCUCCAGUUCUCUGCGGAACACUACGCGAAGCUAUUCUCGUGCUUCUCGCUCUUCACCCUCUUAUAUCUACCGGACGCCGGGCACGAUCGCGCGCCGGUGGGCGAUGAGCUGAUGGAAUGGCUGAAUACGCAUUUCAUCCAGCCGUCCACGGAGGAAGGCGACCACCUGAGCACGCUCGAGAAACCAUGGGAGGACGACACAUUCUGGCCCUACCUCACAAGGACGACGCUGCGCGGGAUGUCGAAAGCGUCCGCGUUCUUCCUUAAAGAGCUCUCACGGCACCCGUCCAUGUUUUUGCAGCGGAUCGCGGCGGGGCUGUUGCCGCUCGUCACGAACCACCCGAGGCUGUACCAGUAUAACGCCGAGCGCGAUUUUGUGAUUGCGUACCGCCGCUGGCGCGACCGUGUGAAGGCUCUGCGACUCGAGCUCAACCGUAUACCUGAUGCCGCGCGGGAGGACGAGGCGGGGAACUGGUGGGAACGCAUGAGCGCGAUCGUCGGGCUCCUCGAGGGCCGCCCGGAUAUCACGAAGCGGAUAUGCGUGGAUUUGGGCGCGGAUUGGAAGGAGGUGUGCGUCGCGUGGAGCGUGUUUGUCGAUACUAGGCUGAGGAGGCAGGAUAUGCCAGACGUCGUUGCCCAUGUGCUGAACGAGAUGCCGGCGGAUCCGACAAACAUGGAGGACGUGAUUCAUACGUCGCUCCUCCUCGGAAAGCCAAAGAGCGUACUGGUGGAGGCUGCACAGAUGGAUAUCUGGCUCGCUGCGCAUUUUGCUGAUAUGAUGGAGCCCCUGGAGCUCAUCGAGAGCGAGCCUGACGACUCUGACCUCAGUUUGCGACAGCAGUACGUGCUCUCAUAUACUGAGUACCUGCGCUCGGACCCUGCGUUGUGGCGCAUCACCGUCGACUAUAUGUGCACCUGCGAGGAUAUCGGAAAGCAGAUGGCGGACGAGGUGCUCGUGCGCGUCCCCUUGCGGUUGCAGGCCCCGCGAGACUCGAGCGAUGCUUCCGCUGAGCAUGAACGGAUUCGUACGGGGAAUCUCGCGGGUGUGUUGAAGGACGUCGCCGCGACGUGCUUCGAGCACCAGAGGGAGGGCGUUAGGCGCACGGUCUGCAGGAUCGCGGCGCAGACGUUCUUGAGAGAGCAGGAGUACGGCAUGGCGGUAUCAUUCUGUACGUCUGCUGAGGACUGGCCUGGACUUGGACGCAUCGUCGAUCGGGUGUUAGACGACUACAUCACUCAAGGUCCCGAAAAGUUCGCGCGCCAUGUGGCGGGCAUCGCGCCCUCGCUCCAAGUGUUGCGCGCGGAGGUGGGCGCGAACAGCGUCUUUGUGCACCGCCUACUCUUCGCCGUGCGGUUAGCCGAGUUCCAUCAGCGCCGAAUCAACGGCGACCUUGAGGAGGCCGCAGCUGACCUGGUGGCGAUGCUCCGUGAGGACAUCGCGCCGAAAUCGUGGUGGGCCGUGCUAUUGUCCAAUGCGGUGGAGCUACUGCUUUACGGCGAGCGCAUGCUAUUCACGACUGAUGAGGCUUGCCUGCUGCUGUGCCGGUUGGAAGAGAUCCACAUACGCGCGGCGCAGGGCGCGAGCGAAGAUUACCUGGCCGUGCUUGCGCGGACGACCAAAAGCGGCGGAGAGAAGCACGCUCUUCAGCGCUUGCAGACCGUGCGUCUCGCGCUGGCGCGGUAUUACGCGCGGUGUGGGGUGAUCGGAGUGGGAGGCAAGAAUGGGAUUCAUAGUAGCUGA